ACCAAAGUCUUGGCGAUGAUCUGGCGCCCCUCCAACCGUUAGGCUUUCCUCGACCCUGUCAUUUGAGGUCGAUGACCUAGGACAACCAUGGACGUUUACGCGCAAGUUCGAUUAGACCUACAGCCAAAUCUAUGGAUAGGCGCCUGGAAAGACGGGCUCAACUUAUCCGGCAGAGCUUCGAGUAGGUCUCUCUCUCUUAUUCCUCCUAACCCCCCGCGCAAACCACACUGCGCCGACGUACUCAAACACCAUCGUAGCAGCAAUCUAGAAUCGCACGGCUACCUGUAUAUCCACGACAUCGACUUCGUCUUCCGAUGCGACGACGGCACCCUCCACCCCUCAUCUACCCUGGUCCGCCAGCCCAACCGCCUGCACGAAGCGGCCACCAAAGCCAAAUUCGCGCGUCCCCGAGAUGCCACGAGAAGCCAUCUUCUCUGAAGUCGUGGCCACGCCCAUCCGGUGGCCUCAGGACAAGCAGCUCAAGGAGCUCGGGUGGUGGGCCAGUGAAAACUGAGUUUGGGAGUGUGAGUCGAUGAGUCUGGCUCCUUUUACCAGGGCUUUGGUCUGGGAGGCGAAGGAGGCGCGUGGGUUCAUGGGGCAGGUAAAUAAGGGGUUGAGGGCUAUGAGGUUUCAUGCUUAUUGCAAUUUCUGGGUAGUGCAUGGGCAGAGGCCGGCGAGGUUGGCGGCACCGUCUAUUAGCUAUGCCUAGUUUAUAUACGACAGAGCAAGUGUACUAUAAAAACUAGCCUGAAGAUAUAGCACGCAACAUUGUUAUUAUGCCGAG